AUGAAGAUUCAAAGUUAUUAUGCAGACCUCUAUCUGCUAAUUAUAAAAAAUGUCUUUUACUGGGAUUUACUAUUUUUAAUUUCAGAUAGAGGAAAUUUAUCAUUUGAUUCUAGCACACUCUUAUCAAAGAAUGACCCAAUACAUAUUAUAUUAACAAAAGUAGAUUCUGAUCAAAAUCAGUUUUUAGUAUCAUCAUACUUUUUGGAAUGGCGUCAAAUACUAACUAAAGUAGGCUCUAAGAUGAGCUUGGCAAUUGAACUUUCAGGGAUUGGAGUUGAAAACAAAGUUCCUGCUGGAAUGUUAGAAUUAUAUCUAGAAUUGCAACCAUCUUUAACUUUUCCUUUACAAGCUAAUAUAGUCUCAGCUCAGUUAGCAUUAGAACACAACAGAAAAACUGAACGGGAUCGUCUUUUUCUUGCUUAUGCAAAACUUUGGUGGAAAGAAUAUAUUGAAAUGAGACCAGAACAUACUCAAAGACUUGUUAAAAUUUUUGCCCAAGAUGAAAAUGCAGUUGUUCGGCCUGUGUUUAGUUAUGUAUUUCCACUCACUACAAAUAGGCUUUUGGAAACCCCCAGAGAGGCUGCUUGGUUUAUAUCAUUAUUUAAACAAAAUUUAUCUAUCUACACCAAUAUUGAUAGGACAAAAUAUGAACAAUGGAAAAAUCUUUCUACAUUUCUCUCCGUAAAAGAGGGUGAUUAUGAAGAUCAUUCUGUUUUACUUUGCUCACUCUUAUUAGGUUUUUGCCUAGAUGCUUAUGUUUGCUUAGGGACAUUAAAAACAGAUCAGCCUUGUUCCUGGGUAAUGACAAUUGGAAGACGUAAGCAAAUUAUAUUCUGGAAUAGUCUUACUGCUGCUAGAUAUAAUUAUACUUCUGUAAUAAAAGAUGAUGAAUUAAAUCAAGUGAAGUACCCGUAUAAAACUAUUGGAUGCAUAUUUAAUAAUAAUAGAUUUUAUGCAAACUGCCAGCCAACUGAUGCAGUAGAAUUAUGCUGUUUUGAUUUAGAGGAUUCAGAAAAAUGGAAAUCUAUGUCACCCGAUGCCAUAAAGUUAGUUACAACUUAUGUACCAACUGUUCCAAUGAUAAUUCCAUCUUCAUUGGACUCAAUGCAAGCAAGUUAUGAUAUGGAAGAACAGUUAAGACAUUUCACUGCAGAAUUUAGAAAGGUACAAAUAAUUUAUUCAGAAUUUAAAAGUGUUGAUUUUUGGAAUGCAUGGCCAUUGUGCAGGGUCGUUGCCUGUAAAUUUAGCAGUUAUGUUGAUAUUGUCAACAUAAGUGAAAAUAGUGGUGGUAGGAAUAGUAUUGUCAAUUCAUUUAUCUUGAUGAUCCUGAUGGAUAUUAUGAUUGUUGUUGAUGUUGGGAGUAUGUUAAAUGAAGAUGAUGAUUUUCAUGAUGCUAUUUAUCGAAUAGUUCCAGAAGGCCAUACAUUUAAAGCCCUCCCAGUUCACUUUCUACAUAGAAACUCCAAACAAAUCUUUCAAGAAAUUUUGCAGAGUCCAUUAGGACAAGAAAUAAUUUGUUGUCAAGGUGAUAUGGUGAGACUGGCUGUUCGGGUCAGAAUUUAUACAUAUGUUGAAGAUGUUAUAUCUGUAUGGGUAAUGUUUUCUGUAAAAUAUAAACCUGUUGUUUGAAUUUAUUUCUUAAUCUUGAAGAAAACUUAAAAUAAUUUUUGUACUU